AGGAGUAACCACAUCGGAAUUGUCCUCCCAAGUCGUCGCUACAAUCAACACAGAGGGAUGCUUUCAGAUGAUCUCGGAGACAAGCUCGGAAGUUGGACGGAGAUAUCCGGACUGACUGCGACCAAACCCGAAGGUAGCAACUUCAGAACAACCAAGGCGACAAGGAAACUGAAGGCCGACGACAAAAAUGUGACAAAACAGAAGAAAAUGAGGGACAGGUCGGAGCUGGUGCCGUACACGUUCGCGGGGAAGAAACUGAGUAUCAGGGAAAUCCAGGUGUCCAUGGACGAGGAGGUGGGAUACAAGGUCUGGCACGCCGGCGAGGCGUUCUGUGAGUACUUGGAAGGUGGGAAACUGGACCUUGUGGACAAAACCAUUCUGGAGCUGGGGGCGGGUACAGGGAUCGUCGGGAUUGUGGCAAGCCUAAUGGGAGCGGACGUGACCCUGACUGACCUGAAAGAGGUACUGUGGAACUUGGAAGAGAAUGUAAGGCGGAACACAGAGGGAUGCCGACAUACUCCUAAGGUUCAGGAGUUGACAUGGGGAAGAGGACUUGACCGCUUCUCUGACAUGAGUUACGACUUCAUCAUUGGCACAGACAUCAUCUACUUCGAGGAACUUCACAGAGACCUCAUCUUCACCAUAAAGCAUCUCUGUAGGCCUCACACCAGAGUUCUUCUCUGUCACUAUCCAAGAUGGCCGUCUAGGGACAAACGAUUUCUGGAGUUACUGCAAAAGGACUUUGUCAUAGUUGAUCAGUGCAAGUUUUUAACUGCAAGACUGUUUGAAGCAAAGCGCAUCUCCAAAAGAUAGCAAAAUGUACAAUGUAUUUUGUCAUCCUAAAUCAGUACGUCAACAGCUGUAGAUUUGAUGGCCAAAGGUUUAUAACCAACUUGAACUCGCUCAGGCUGAUAUCAGUUCAUUCACAGUGUUGGAGUCGAGUACCCAAGGGUUACUUGAAAUAAAGGUCAAAUGACCUGGGUGGAUUCCUCUGGUAAGUUUAAAAUAGCUGCAGAGCUCCUGAUAACAGGGAAUCAUAAUAUCUGACUACUCUCUUUGGCUAUUAU